UUUCAAAAAUCGUUAACUUUUUUGAGCGCUUUUUCUCUGAAAAGCAUUCAAACAAUAAUUGAAUGAAAAUAUUGUUUUGAUUUUUGGGAUCAAUUGAGUUGACUUCGAUGGCCAACCAAUCGGAAGAUUGUCUUGUGGGAAGCGAUCAAAGAAGUGACGAACCAUUGGAUCAAAUGAGCGAUCGUUUGAAACACAUUGAAAGCGUUUCCGACAAUUGGUUUCAAUUCACUGACCAUUUGUUGAACCAAUUCUUGGACUCGAAGUUUGAUCCGUUGGCCGAAAGUCUUGAGCAAAACAAUCAACUCCUGGAAGCGCUACAAACGAAACAAUGCACUCAAUUGAAGGAAAUCGUCGGCCAAUUCGACGACACGAUUACCACUGAAACCGAUUUGAUUAACCGUUCGUUGGAUCUCAAGACACGCGUCGAGUCGUUGAGCUCACAAUUGACGGACAAAAAGAGUCACAAAACAGAUCUGACGAACAAAACAAAGAGUUUGACCAAAAGGUUGGACGAAAUGGAGUGUAAAGUGAAAGAAUUGAAACAACAAAACAAUGGCAACGAUACCAAUGAAUACCUUCUUCUGGCGUCUGUUAUGCGAGUCAUGUAUAAGACAUGGAGUAAUUCACAAGUGAUCGGAUUGCUUUUCAAUGACAACGAAGAGAAGAGUUUAGAAAGACUUAUAGUUAUGGAUAAUGAGAACAAAUGCCAGAAAACAAUGUCUCAACAGUUUUGGCAUUCACUCGAUAACGACUAUCAGCUCGACAACUGAUCCAAACAUUAGUUUAUAUUUCAUUACUUCACACUUAUAUACAAUAUUUUGAGAUUUAUUAUAGUUUUCUUAAAUGUCUUUUAAUUCAUUUCAUACUUUCAUUAAUAAUUGAAUAAAAUCUUUAUUACA